CCAUAAUCCUAUAAAGCCCGGGCGCUGAUUUCUGCGGGACGCUUACUUCCCUAACUUUCCUUUUACUUUCCCAAUUGACCUAUUUUCUUAUCCUGCGAUAUGUCUCUAACUUCUAAGAUAUCGGAUGUGGCCAAUGCUGUCAAAAAACAAGUUCCCGGCUUAUAUGUCGGCGUGGACAAACACAAAUGGUGGAAAGAGGCUGUGGUCUAUCAGAUCUAUCCAGCAUCAUUCCUAGAUACCAAUAAUGAUGGAUGGGGAGACGUGCCUGGAAUAACGCAAAAGCUCGACUACCUUAAGGACCUGGGCGUCGAUGUAAUUUGGACAUCCCCAAUUUACAAGAGUCCUCAGGCGGACAUGGGCUACGACAUCGCCGACUACGAAGAUAUUGACCCCAGCUAUGGAACCCUGGCCGAUGUCGACAACCUAAUCGCCGAGUGCAAGAAACGAGGUCUCAAACUUGUCAUGGACCUUGUCGUAAACCACACUUCCGAUCAACAUGCCUGGUUCCUGGAUUCUCGUUCUUCCAAAACCUCACCAAAACGUGACUGGUAUAUCUGGAAGCCCGCCAAUUAUGAUAGCGACGGUAAUCGACAACCGCCUAACAAUUGGGCGCAGAUUCUUGGAGAAGCGAACAGCGCAUGGGUCUGGGACGAGACUACACAAGAAUACUACCUUGCCAAUUUCACACCAGAGCAACCUGACCUGAAUUGGGAGAACCCAGACGUGCGCGAGGCUGUUCACAAUGUGCUUCGAUUCUGGCUUGAUCGUGGGGUCAGCGGUUUCCGAAUGGAUGUCAUCAACCUCAUCUCGAAGAACCAAGAUUUCCCCGAUGCGGAUAUCGUUGUAGAAGGCCACAAAUACCAACCUGGCUGCAAGCACUACGCCAACGGUCCCCGUCUUCACGAAUGGCUUCAAGAUCUCAACAAGCAGGUCUUGUCCAAGUAUGACACACUCACCGUCGGCGAGAUGCCAUUCGUACGCGACGAAGACGAAAUCAUCAAGGGCGUAGGCGCAACCAGAGGCGAACUUAACAUGAUCUUUGCUUUCGAUCUUGUCGACAUUGACAAUGUCCCCGGUGACUUCAAAUACACCCUACACCCAUGGGAUGCUCGAGACAUGAAGAAGAUCAUCAAUCGACUGCAGAGACUGAUGCUUGAGCGAGACGGAUGGAACUCGGUCUUUGUAGAGAACCACGACCAGCCCCGCAGCGUGUCGAGAUACACCGACGAUAGCGACGAGUGGCGCGAAUACGGCGCAAAGCUGCUUUGCUUGAUGCAAACAUCGCUUGCAGGGACACUAUAUGUUUACCAGGGUGAGGAACUUGGUAUGCGAAAUGUGCCUGCUAGUUGGGAUCCAGAGGAGUACAAGGAUAUCGAAUCGAUCAACUUCUUCAACAAAUACAGGCAGAUGUACCCCAACGACGAGGAAAAAUUCGCCGUUGCCCGUGAUAUCCUGCAGCGCAAAUCGCGAGACAAUGCCCGCACUCCAGUUCAAUGGACAUCUGCCCCCAACGCAGGUUUCACUUCCCCGGAUUCCAAGCCAUGGAUGCGCGUGAACGACGAUUACCCUACCGUCAACGCUGAGGCACAACUUGCGAAUCCCACACCCGCCCCUGGCCAACUCUCUGUCCACGCAUUCUGGAAGCGCGGGCUCGAGAAGCGGAAGGAGCAUAAGGAUGUCUUUGUGUACGGAGAUUUUGAGAUCAUUGAUCCCGAUCACGACAAGGUUGUCGCUUUCAGGAGGUGGAAUGGUAACAAGGCUUUCCUUGUUGUUCUCAACUUCUCCGGUGAGACUGUUCAGUGGGAGGGACUGGGUUCGCAUCAGGCGAAGAGGUGGGUUGCGGGCACGUAUGAUGAGAGGCAGCUACCGUCGAGGAACAAAUCUGGAACCAUUGAAUUAAGGCCAUGGGAGGGUCUGUUGGGUAUUGCUUAAAUUAUUCCAUUCCAGGGUUAUUAGACUACAUACUUCCAAGAAACGCCUAUCCCAGGGUUUAAUCGU